AUGGCCCCUGAGGUGCGAGGCACCUGGUUGGACAAGAAAGACAAAGAUGAGAUAUUAGUAACCUCCCUGGUUGUGUGCUCCAAGCGCCUCAUCGCUGCCAUAGUUGCUAUUAGGUCUUUCAGUAUAAUUGCUCUGUGCCGACCAGGGGCUGCUGCAUGGUCAGUGAGAGUACAUGAGGUGUGCAGGUUGUUCUCAGAUAUGGUCAUCUUGCAAGGGAAGAUCUACGCUCUUGACCGCACCGCCAUGCCUGGGUAUCUUGUUGCUAUAGACAUUGUGGAUGAGUAUGACAUUGAGCCAAGGGUGUCUCGGAUUGAGUGCCUCAUCAAGGGAAUCUCAUUUCCACGCCAAGAAGAGUUCUUCUGGGUGCCUUAUCUCCUUGAAUUCCAUGGCACACUGCUAAUGGUCUGCAAAAAACUUUCCUAUAAAAUAGAGCACGAAUCUGGAAAUUUCUCUAUCAUUUUUGUGGCUGCUGGUAGUGGGUUUGUAGUGUUCGAAGCUAAUCUUAAGCGGCACUUGUGGGCUGAGAUGAAGACUUUGGAGAAUGACCAAGCAUUGUUCCUUGGGCGAGGAUGCUCCAGAGCUGUCCAUGUGUCCCCCUACGAUCUUUCACGGGACUGUAUCUUCUUCCUGGAUGAUUUCACUGGGUAUUGGAAGAAAACAACUACAGCUUGUGAACUGUAUGACAUGAAAGAUGAGAAGAUCUAUUCACCCUUGCCUAUGGUAUCACGGAAGAGUGGAAACGUUCCUGCAAUCUGGAUAUUCUCACAGGGUGAGAUAGAUAAAGCUGCAAACAGCAGGAGAGGUGGAAUGUGA